AUGAGAAAGAAUAUUGGAGGUAACAAUAAGAGUGAUAAUAGAGGUUUGAAAACAGCCAUAAAUCCUCUUCUUCUGUCUUCGAAUCUUAACUUAGUUUCGAAACAAUACAAAGGUCAAAACCCAUAUUUAAGCACAUCUCAACAGAGAACACCCGAUAGCAAGAUCAGAAAAAGAUAUGAACUUGGUUUAAGAUUUUAUGAGAAGGGAGAAAUUAGCUCUCAAGUUGAACAGCUAAGGGAUGAACAGCGUAAAGAGUUGGAAAGGGAACGACAGCGAACAACCAUCGAACAACAGAAAACUGAAAGAGAAAACAAAGAGCUGAGUAUCAAAAUAGCUAAGGGAGAACUACCAGAUCUUAGCCUGGGAGAGGAUAAAUAUAUCAAAACUCGGAAAGAAGUACCGAAAGUGGAAUGGUGGGAUGAAGCAUAUUUGGAUGAUGAUAUGAAAAUCAAAGAAAAAUACGUAAAUCAAGAAAUAGAAGACAAUGAGAGUGAUGAUGAUGAGAAAUAUGGCCCUUCAAUACAGUAUGUGCAUCAUCCUGUGCCGAUAAAGGUUGAUACGAACAAGGAGAUCAUAGCUAAGGUUCUCCUUACAAAGGAUGAACAGAAAAAGAUACGCCGCAAUAAAAGAAAAAUGCUUAGAGAGGAAAAGGAGACGAGAAUCAAAUUGGGACUUGAUCCGAAACCAGAACCCAAAGUUAAAUUGAGUAAUAUGAUGAGCGUUUAUGAAAAUGAUGCAAACAUCGUGGAUCCCACAAAAUGGGAACAAGCUGUGAAAGAACAGGUUGCAUUGAGGAAACGAAAACAUUUAGAGGAAAAUUCCAAAAGACACGAUGAAGCUAAACAGAAAGCUAAAUCGGAGGAUUCCCAAAAUGGAGGUAGCGAUGAUAUUUGUCAAGUAUUUUGGUUCAAAAGACUAACGAAUCCCAAAUUAAGGUACAAGAUAAAUAUGAAUAGCAAACAGCUUUCGUUACGUGGAACCUGUCUACGGAUAGGCGAGCAAGGCCCAGGCAUAAUGGUAAUCGUUGGCAGGGAAAAAUCGUGUAAAUUCUUCAAAAAAUUGGUAACGAGGAGGGUGACAUGGGAUGAUGCCUAUGAGGAUAAGACAACCAAUACUAUUGUAGAUAUGACGGGAAACUACUGCAAACAAAUCUGGGAGGGUUAUUUGGAUAAUUGCCGUUUUCCAAGGUGGUUCAUGAAAGUUUGUGAGGACGAGACCGACUUCUCAAACACAUUGGCACAAUUCAACGCUCAGAAUCUUGUUUCAAUAUUUAAACAAUCUAAUAAUUAG